GCUACGUCGGAGAGUCCGCGCGACAGAGAUCCGUGUCCGUGACGCGGUGGGACGUUUGCAGGGUGAACACGACGGGGCGACCGCGAGAAGAUGCACCGCGACAGCCGAUAAACCAUCCGGGGUGGGACCUCGUCCUCUCGAGGAGGCCAAGAUCGAUUCGCUCCGUUCGCACGAGCGGGGAGCGCAGCUCCGCUCCAGCUGGCUCCUCCGUUCGCUGGUCUGCCGUCCGGUAUAGAUGUCACACUACAGCAGAAGCACCUGCGAUCAAAAGGCCGCGGUGAUUGACCAUGAAAGGAAGUAUCAGGAGGACCUGGAGCAGGCCAAGGCCCUCAGUCUGGAGACCCUGGCACUGGAGAAGUACAGGUUGGAGAAGUUGCGAUUGGAUCUUAGUAACGUGCAGCUCGCGCAAAACAAUGUGUGCAAUACGAACAGCGUGUCGGAGACGGACAGCUCGCAAGGAGAGAGAUCUCAGUGCAGAAGUCGACCAAGACCGGGAACCAUUAACACAAAUCAAAAGAGUACUGUAAUACUAGCACCGCCACCCCCGAUACCGUGUAGAAGAAAUUCAACGACUACCGCAUCGAGUCAAGGUCCUUCUGCUGAUCUGAUUAAUUUCACGAGCCCCGUGAAGCAGGAUAAUCUGGCUGAAUAUUGUUCGGCUCCACCUCCGCCACCACCAAAAGCACCUGUAGAACCUAAAUGGGAUACCCAUCCGUCAUUAUUGAAAAAACAAUCAAGAGUGUCUCGAAGCAAUAGCUCAGUCGGCGCAUAUCAUUCUAGGGACUUCAGGUAUCACUCCCUUUCGCCAGGCCCGCGAUCUUCCACUGCACCAUGCACGCCAGGAACACCGGGAAUCAGCCCUAUCAUGUCAAGAGCUAGUAGCGUUAGCAAUAAUGUACCUGAUAUUACACCACAGCCUGCAUGGAAAUCUAUUAUCUUUAAGCAUUUUUUCUUCACACAGAUUCCUCCAUUGCCUAUGAAUUAUAGACCAACUGUUACACCUGCCAUAUGUGCUCCAUUUUGUAUGGAUGAUGAACAGUUGAAUGUAUUAAAAGUGAUAGAGAAAAAACCAAAUAGCAAUCUCAUAGAUUUGAAUAGUUUUGAGCAAACAGAGGACAAAACUAAUGUACGUGUUAGCGUACUGGAGGCAUUCGAUCCGUUACUUAUUAAGACUGACAAUGGAAAUAAUUCUGUGCAAGAACAUAAAGACGAUUCGCAAUCGCAAGUUAGUGGCAGUGUAUACGAUCCAUUUGAUCCGUUUGAUUACAUGUAUAGCACAAAUGAAAGCGUCAACUCCGAUCCGGUUUACGCCGCCGUGGAGAAAUCUGCAAAAUCGCCAGCUGUGUCGCCAGCUGCACUACCUCCACUGCCUCCGCGAAAUUCGUCCGCAUGGAAUACCAUAGAGAGACGAAGAACUUCUUUAGAUCGUCGACAGAAGCGUCAAACACGAUUGUAUGAAAAUGUAACAGUCAUUAAAACUAGAUCAUCUCUGCAUGACUGUGAUCUGAAGGCGUUACACAACAUGAUAAAAUCUAUACGAAGCGAAUUUCCGUUUAAUAAUCCUAGUACAAAUAUUGGAUACGUUGUUAGUCCGAUAAUGGAGAAUUUAUAUCCAGAUGGUACAAGUAUAAAAUUAGUAGUUCAUCCACAAUUACCUAAUAACGAGAAAGAUCCUGUAUCAUCUAUUACUUUCACUUGUAAUGUGAAUUGCAGCGUCGAGCACGUUAUCCUGAACGUUGCGUGUUCCUUGGAGGAUGAAGAUACGGUGAAUGUAGAAAAGUAUUGUUUAAGAGUAUGGGGAUUAGCCGAGUAUCUUGCACCUAACACAACUUUAGCACAAUACGAGUACAUACAUCUAUGCAUAAAAUUAGAAAAAGAUAUCGAGCUAGCUAUAAUGAGCAGGGCACAAAUUAAACAGUCCAUUGCACGAACGCUGCAAGAUGAUAAUUGUGAUCAGUCUCUAAAAUUAGAAGACAUUCUACCAAAUGAACCGUCGCAGCCUAUUUCAUACGACACAUUAAUUAUUUUACUAGAAACAGUAGAGAAGGAAAUGGAACGCGUAGAAACUGCAGCGUUUCAAAUAGCAACCACGAAUCAAGGUUCUACCCUAUUACCUCAACUUCAACCGCACUGUGUGGUGCAAGCGGUUAAAGCGGUGUGUGCCUUAAUGGGAAACAUCGAGACGUUCGAGAUCACGGAGGCAAUUGACAAUUUCGUGAACGCUUGCUGCCAAUUUCUGCCGCAAGCUCACACGGCUAAUAUAGAAUGUAAGAAGCCGGAGAUUAUACACGAAGACGGCGAUUACGCUGUGGUUACCUUGAGAAAGAAGUUCCCCGAUGUGAUUGCCUCGCAUUGUCAUAAAAUACGCGAUGCUGUUCAAGAGCUCGUCGAGACGUACUGUCAUGCGUUCAAGGUCGAUUUUCAAUUAAAUAGCAAGGGAGAAUUUCCGACAAAUACACUGAUUGCGACAGAAGUGAUCGAUACUAUUCUGGUGCGCGUUGGAGCUCUGCAUAGGCUACCAGCCACGUGGAAACAUGACGAUUACAUUGUGGCAGCUCAAAUUUUUCACGGAACCAGACCCGUGGGGAAUCCAGUUUUAUCGGAACCAAUGACGGUCAGCACGAACUUUUAUCCAAGGAUUUUAUUCAAUUCAUGGAUGGAAUUUCGUGGAAUAAGCGUGUGUCAAGUACCACGGGAAGCCAGACUUGUGUUGGUUCUCUACGGCCGCACGCUGCAGCCCGCGGAGCACGAGUCCAACUCAUCCGCGGAGAAUGCGAUGCAGAAGGAGGAACUCGGAUGGGGUGCUAUACAAUUCUUCGAUUACGACGGCGUUAUGAGCCAAGGGAGUUUUUUUCUGUCCCUCUGGCCAGCCAUUGCAGACAAGCGAUUAGGCCCGGCACCAGCGCCUGGAAUUCACCCUCGUGGCGACACUCAUCCCAUUGUAGGUGUAGAAUUGCCCGAUUACGGGGGAAAGGUGUUAUUCCCUAAUUCCUCGGAGUUGCGAGAUUACGACGUGGACUCGUUAGACUUUAAUUCGUUGGAUCAAAAUACGCAGGAGCUGUUAUUAGAUAUUACACAACAAGAUACAUUCUCGAGACCGCCUAUCGAUGAAAGGGAAAUUCUGUGGGAGAAAAGGCAUUACUUACACGACCGACCUGAAGCUCUGCCGAAAGUAUUACUUGCCGCACACAGUUGGGAUUGGGCGUGUCUCCCGGACUUACACGCGUCGCUCAGAAUUUGGAGUCCCUUGCCUCCGGUGCAAGCGUUACAGUUACUUUUACCAUGCUUUCCAGAUAUGAAAGUUAGAGAGAUGGCAGUUGACUGGAUUCGCGAGUUAAGUAAUGACGAACUAGUCGAUUAUCUACCGCAACUACUUCAAGCGAUGAAGCAUGAGACGUAUGAAACAUCACCUCUAACUCGAUUCUUAUUAGAACGUGCCUUACUUUCACCGAGAGUGGCUCAUUACGUUUACUGGUUGCUAAAUCAAGCGCUGCCGGGACAAAGUCCCCAGGUACAGAAUUCUUCUGAAAUUGCCGCGGAAGAUGACAAAGCUAUCAGUUGUGCUCGGUAUCAACGAAGAUUGCAAUUAAUGCUGAGAGCGCUAUUGGCAGUUAUCGGAGAUGCGCUGCGAAAAAGUUUCCUCACCCAACAAUUGCUAGUUAAGAACCUGCACGAAGUGGCCGAGAAUAUUAAAAUUACGAAGGAAUCGUUACGAAUGGAUACGCUCAAAACUGGUUUGCAAAAUAUACACUGCCAGUUAAUGGAAGAUAAUGGGACGUGUUUACCAUUGUCUCCCAGUAAAUUAGUGUUUGGUAUCAAUGUACAGACAUGUGCCUACUUCCCGUCGUUCACUCUCCCGUUGAAAAUCAACUUCAUCAGUUGUGAUAAUGUUAUAAGCCCGGCAAUAUUCAAGGUUGGCGACGAUUUGCAGCAGGACAUGUUGACCCUCCAAAUGGUACGCAUUAUGGACAAACUGUGGUUGAAGGAGGGCCUCGAUCUGAAAAUGGUCACUUUCGCCUGCGUGCCCACCGGCCACAAACGCGGAAUGAUAGAAAUGGUAACGAAUGCAGAAACGUUACGGAAGAUCCAGGUCGAGUUUGGGCUAACUGGGUCGUUUAAGGAUCGGCCGAUCGCGGAGUGGCUAGCGAAGCACAAUCCAUCGGAACUGGAAUAUGAGAGGGCGGUGGAAAAUUUCACCGCUUCUUGCGCCGGCUACAGCGUUGCCACUUACAUUUUAGGAAUUUGUGAUAGGCAUAAUGAUAAUAUCAUGCUAAAGACAUCUGGUCACUUGUUUCAUAUCGACUUUGGAAAGUUUCUUGGUGAUGCACAGAUGUUUGGAAACUUUAAAAGAGAUAGGACGCCAUUUGUACUGACGUCUGAUAUGGCAUACGUCAUAAAUGGUGGUGAUAAACCUUCAGCGAAGUUUCAUCAUUUUGUGGACUUGUGUUGCCAGGCUUUUAAUAUAGUCCGGAAACAUGGAAAUCUUAUUCUUCAUCUUUUUGGACUGAUGACUUCGUCCGGUAUCCCCGGGGUGACCGUGGACGCAGUUAGUUAUGUGCAGAAGGCCCUGCUGCCUGGUCAAACAAAUCCCGAAGCAGCGGCGACUUUCGCUCGCAUGAUAGAAAGUUCACUGAAAAGUUGGUUCACGCAAUUCAACUUUUUCCUGCAUAAUCUGGCGCAGAUGAGAUUCUCAGGAGAUCACAGCGAGGGAGAACUGUUAUCCUUCAUUCCGCGCACGUAUACAAUGCAGCAGGAAGGCGAGUUAACAAGUGUCCAGGUUCACGGAUAUCAAAAACGCUACGAUCCGGAGAAGUAUUACAUGUACAUAUUACGGAUACAACGAAAGGGCCAACCGGACCCGACAUAUCUAUUCCGAUCGUACAAAGAAUUUUGCGAAUUCUAUCAGAAAUUGUGCAUACACUUUCCACUUGCUAAAGUAACCAGCUUACCAAGUGGAAUUAGCGUGGGGCGUUCUAAUAUUAAGCAGGUGGCUGAUAAACGGCGGGCGGACAUAGAAAAGUUUCUCGUGAGUCUGUUUAAAAUGGCACCGGAAAUAUCCCAAAGCGAUCUGGUGUACACGUUCUUCCAUCCGCUGUUACGAGACCAAAAGAACCCCGAUAUUCGUUUGCGCAAAGUUAAAGUGGGAAAUAAUUGGUGGGCUGAGAAGAGAGUCAGAGACAACAUACAGAGUGGUCAGAUCAAGUUGGCUCUUCACUACGUUCGCGGCACUUUAUCCGUCAUGGUUUGCCAUGCGCGAGGACUCCCCAAAGUGGCUAAUGCUCAAGAGCCAAAUACAUACGUGAAGGUAUAUCUCAAGCCCGAUCCUACAAAAGCGACGAAACGGAAAACGAAAGUAGUAAAGAAGAAUUGUCACCCGUCAUUCAUGGAGAUGCUGGAGUAUAGAAUGCCUCUAGAAGUGAUCAGGGAGAGAACGCUUGAAGCAACGAUAUGGAAUCACGAUACUCUGCAGGAGAAUGAAUUUCUCGGUGGUAUAAGUCUGCCGCUCGGACGUCUUGACUUGACGAACGAAACUAACGAGUGGUUUCCACUGGGUAAUGUACGAUGAAGCGAGUAUAAAGACUGCCCUGAAAUUAUACAUAUAGAGGUCCUUAAUGCUCAUAGACAUUAUCGUUAAGAUCUAGAUGACAUCAUGUUAGCGCACAAUAUUAUAAAACUUCUUUAUUAUAUGCACAUGCCAGGUGCAAUAAUCACCGUCAUCAAGUGUUUUAUGAUAUAAAAAUAAUUUUUAUUUAUGUAAUUUCGUGCUAGUAGAGCUUCGUUUCUCUUUAACGAAGUAAAGAUCCGAAAUGGCAAACGCAUGAAAAAUUGUGUGAUAUCCGAAAGAUAAUUAUAUGACGGAAGGAGAGUCAACUUCUACAAUAAUUGUUAAAAGAGAUAGUAUAUACAUAGAACAGAAUCUAAAAAGCAUCGAGCCUGCGUAACAAAUAGUUCAGGAAAAAAGGAAAAUUUUGCAAAAGUUUAGAAUUAUAUAUCGCACUUGUGUAUAUUCCGUUCAUAUUCAGUAUGAAUUUAAUCGAUUUAUAUUGGAGGUUUACUCUUUUAUACAAAAUUUUAUACACUUAUUUAUUUUUAUCACUUUUUACUGACUAAUGAUCACCGAUUGUAAAUAGAAUGUACUUUAUACCAUAUAAAUAUAAUAAUGAAAUUUGUAACAAUCUAUCGGGUAGUUUUAAAAGUCUCUUUUACACCAAAAUAAUUAUACGGUUCGAGCGAAAGACAAUUUUCUAUUAUAGACGUAUAUCUAUAAAAAUAGUAUAUGCAAGUUGAAUUUGAUAUACAGCAUAUAGCAGAAUCAUGUUUCACGAAUUUUUACGGUGUUAUUUUAUUAUCUAUUAGGAAAGAAAUCUACAUAAAAUUGCCUCUUUUAUGUAAUGGCCUCAUAUAAUAAACCAAUGUAUUAUUGACGAAACUAUGUAAAUACGCUAUUAAAUCUGUGUAAUAAAUCAUUUUUAAAUUA